UCGUGUUUGGUAGGAAGAACCCUUAGUAGUUUCCUGAUUGUGAAACAUAAAAUCUCCAGACAUUGUGUGGGUCUGUUGCUUCUGAUCAGUGCUACAGGAGACCAGAACUAUGCUGAACAACAUGGCUCUGGCCAAGACGCUGUUGUGCUUGACUGUGAUCACUAUUGUUCACUGUGACUUCAGCAUCAAGAUGCCAUCCAUGUUAGAGGCUCUUAAUGGCACCUGCAUUAUGAUCCCAUGCCAGUUUAGCAUUCCUGAAGAUCAAAAAACAAAGCUGCAGCUUCCAGUAACUGGUGUUUGGAGGAAAGCAUCACGGUGGUUUUUUGAUAGUGUAGAUAUUUUCAACUCCUCUCAGAAGGCCAACAAGCUCGAUGGAAAAAUUCUAGGAGACCUGACCCAGAAAAACUGCACAUCUGUCUUGUACAACAUUCAUUCCUCACUAUCUGACAGCUAUUACUUUAGAUUGGAGACUGGCUUCAAAUACACCUUUGAAACACCUGUUUGGAUAAGUGUUAAAGACACUCUCCCAGAACCCAUCCUAUCCCGGGUGGAUAUAUCAGUAAAUGAAGGUGCAGAGGUGGAGAUUAUUUGUACAGCUAUGGUCCCCUGCCCUCAGUAUCCUCCAAACCUGACAUGGGUACCUCUUUUGGGCAAUUGCACAGAGACAAUGGAAAAACAGGCUGAUGGCACAUUCACAUUGUCCUCUGUGUUGCGAUUUGUCUCCUCACAUGUCAAUCAUGAACAGAGGAUAAGCUGCACUGUAGACUACCCUUUGCAGACAUCAGGAGGCCACAAUGUCUAUGAGAGCACUGCCACAAUCACUGUCCUAUUUUUGCCAAAGAUGAUGAUUGAAGUGAAUCCUUUAGGACCACUUCGUAAGGGUGAAAACACAACUCUAUUCUGUUCUGCUGCUGCAAAUCCUGCAGUGACCCAUAUACGCUGGUUCCAAGAAAGGGAAGGAAAUGUAUAUGAGGUCAACACAACAGAAACUAUUCUUACUUUCAGCAUGACCAGUGACAAAGUGGGUUUCUAUUUUUGUGAGGCCCAGAAUGCCUAUGGAAAGCAGAACUCAUCCACUGUUCGACUGGAAAUACAAGAAGAGUAUGAUUUUUUUCAGUCUUCUACUACCAUGUGGCAGCUGUUGGGGUGGGGAGGAGCUGCCCUCGCACUUAUAACCAUACUCACUUUCACACUGUGCAUUAAAAGGCGAAGAAGCAGAUUCAUCCAGGACCUGAAUGAUAAUCAUUAUGUUUAUGCCAAUGUUGGCCAGUGCAACAACACAAAGGGUUUCUCAAAUGAAGCCCAGGAGGAAAGGAGGAAGAUGGAUGUUGCUUUGUACAGUAACAAUAUUGCGUUAUACAAGAUUUAACACAAAAAAGCUUAGAGGAUAUUUAUGCCGAUUUCUUUGCCUUGUGCCCUUCUUUCAUGUUGAUAAGAUUUCUUAACAUUAAAGUCUACUAUCACACCAGUAAAAGCCAUUGCUUUGCUGGAGAAGCAGUGUGGCCUAUUUUAAGGUUAAUAUAUUGCUUUAAACGUUUUUGGGUUUUUUUACCAGCUACACAUGAAGCUUGAGAUAUUGUUUUUAAUAUUGUUCUAGCUAAAAUGGUAAUUGUAUAGAAAAGGUGUAAACUAUAUCUUUUAUAUGGCACCUUUUAUACAUUUGAUAUUUGGCUCACAGUGCUUUACAAUAUACGCUAAGUGCAAACAAUCAGAACCAUUACAUUUUAUAUGUAUUUGCCAUAGGAUUUUAUAUCAGAAUUUAUAAUGUGUACAUACUUUAUUUCCUUUUUUUAAGUGUACAUACAAAAAUGUUUGCUUUUGAUAACCAUUUAAGAACAGUUAUUAUGGCUUGAUAAAGGAAUUAUGAAUACUAUUAUUGAAAUCAACAUGUAGUCACAAUCCUUGAAAUGUUUUUCCUGGCCUUGGAGGUCUGUGCAGCAUUGUAAGGACUGGAGACACUGACAAACAGUCCGAGCGUCAUGGGUGCAUAUAGCAGACUUGCUUUGUUCUAAUCGAACUCUUAUGGUCUAUGUUAAGGCCUAAAUAAAGGAUAAACUGUUCAUCAUUACUGCCUAGACACAUAAGGCCAAAUAUAUAAAACAAAUAUAGAAAAUAGCACAGUGUUAACACUAGCUGGUUUGUGUACAUUUAAUCACAUAGCUGGCUGUAUAAUGUUAAGUUUGUUAUUAACUUGAUUUGAUAGCAAUGACGGUUCAGUUUUGCUCUAGACUAUUGUGCAGGGAGAAGGUAAAAUACAUAGGACUGAAAAAUAUCGCUAGCUAUGGUUGGGGGUCAGGAACAUUUCAGUAGCUUUUAGGAUAACAGUGUGGUGUUCUUGGCUACAGACAAACCUGACAAGCUCUGGUAUUUAACUCUGAUGCUGGUAUUUAGCAUCAGAAUUUUUUUACCCCCAUUUACUGCAUUUCAAGGAAAACUGUUUGGGUUUGUGUCAUGUCCAGGUUUUGAUUUGACUUUUAAACCACACCUUUGCUGUAUUAUUAAAACUGCAUGCUAUCAUUUAA